AUGCGACCGCUCCUGCUGGCAUGGGCUCUUACAGCCGCAUUAACAUCCGCUUUCGCUGCACCGCCUAAUCAGAGGAAAGGGUCGGACCUGGCCAAAGAUGCUGUAUCAGGAGACACACCAGCGGAUGGUGAAGAUGCUGUACAGCCUACCAUUUUCAACGACAUUAAAGUGCCCCCAAUGAAAGAAAUAGAAGGCGCACACUUUGCCGAUACUAUAAAGCAGGGCUACUGGUGGGUAAAACAUUAUUCGCCCUAUUGUGGCCAUUGUCAAGCGAUUGCGCCUCAUUGGCAAACCCUUUACGAAUUCUAUGCGACAUCCGAUCCUCUCGAAGGCAUGACGAAAGGAGGUCAACCAGAUCUAUCCUCCCCAAACAGUUUCCAUGGGUUCUACAACUUCCACUUCGCGUCCUUAAACUGCAUAGCCUACGGUGAUGUCUGUGUCAAGAACGGUAUCCAGGCAUGGCCAUCUUUCGUUCUUUACAAGGACGGCCAGAUGGUCGAGAAAUAUUCGGGCCAGAGGACAAUGGAAGCCUUCAGCAGCUAUGUCGAGGAAAAAUUGGAACAAAUCAAGCCUGGUUCCCGCCCAAGAGGGGGUGUCAAAGUCCCCAAAGCGGGCGCAAAAUCAGCAGAUCGCACGACACUCCCUCAUACCGGUGUGGCCAAGGACAAGGACCCUGCAGCCGGAGCUGCUGCGGGCGAUAAGCACAAUCAAUUAGCAGCACAGCUAUCCACGGAAACAAAUUCAGCACUGUUGGCCUCAGAGACAGCCAAGAGUGGCAGAACUUCGAACAAGAAACCCGGGCUUCCACCCAACCCCAAGGGCCUCUCCGUCCCUUUGACCGCCGAAACCUUCCAGAAACUCGUCACCAAUUCUCAGGAUUCCUGGUUCAUCAAGUUCUACGUUCCUUGGUGCUCCCAUUGUCAACAUCUUGCUCCCACAUGGGCCGAAAUGGCCAAAGAGAUGGAGGGUAAAUUAAACAUCGGUGAAGUCAACUGUGAAGAGAACUCCCGCUUGUGUAAAGAUGCCAAGGUCGGAGCUUAUCCCACCAUCUACUUCUUCCGCGGCGGCGAACGUGUCGAGUAUGAAGGCCUUCGAGGUCUUGGUGAUCUCCUCACAUUUGGUGAAAAGGCUUUGGAUAGCGAUGUCAAGUAUGUUGAUGCUGCGACAUUCAAAGAAAUGGAAGAGACUGAGGAGGUUAUCUUUGUCUACUUCUUUGACCAGGCCACCACGUCUGAGGAUUUUGCAGCUUUGGAUCGCUUGACUUUGAGCUUGAUUGGUCAUGCAAAGAUUGUCAAAACCGAUUCUCUCAUCCUCGCCAACCGCUUCAAGAUUUCCACAUGGCCAAGGCUGCUCGUUUCUCGAGAUGGCCGCCCCACUUAUUAUAAUGCUUUGGCUCCAAAAGAUAUGAGGGAUUUCCGGAAGGUUUUGAAUUGGAUGCAGUCCACGUGGUUACCGAUUGUGCCUGAAUUGACAGCAUCAAACGCAAAGGACAUCAUGGCUGGAAGAUAUGUUGUUCUGGGAGUACUAUCCAGGGAACGUCCGGACGAGUUUCUACAAUCCAAGCGAGAGCUGAAGAAUGCUGCUCUAGAAUGGAUGGACAAACAGAAGCAAGCUUUUCAGCUCGAAAGGCAAGAGAUGCGUGAUUCCAAGCAAUUGCGAAUUGAAGAGGCCGAGGAUCGUAAUGAUCAACGUGCCCUACGUCAAGCGAAGAGCAGAGUUAUCAGCAUCACAGAAGAGAACUUCCGCAAAGGAGUUGGCUUUGCCUGGGUCGAUGGAGUGUUUUGGGAACGUUGGUUGAGGUCAACUUACGGUAUUGAUGUUUCAAAGGGUGAAAGGGUCAUUAUCAAUGAUGAGGAGAAUCGCCGAUAUUGGGAUCAAACCGAUUCUGGAGCUUUCAUUGUGCCAUCUCGAACGUCGAUACUAGAAACUUUGGGCAGAAUUGUUGCAUCACCACCCAAGCUCACGCCAAAAUCGACAAUAGGGACAUUUGAAAAUGUGUUCUUCCAGAUCCGAAACUUCGGCACAUAUCACCCGUACCUGUCAUUUGCGCUGCUGGUGGCCGCCAUCAUCACCCUCAUCUCCGUGCUCAGAAAUGGCACGACCAUCAAGCGAAGCCUCAGUCGAAACAGCAGCGGCUACUUCCAACUGGAUGGGAAGGAAGGUCUUUUGGGCACAACGAAUGGAAAAGCUGAUUAG